AUGAGUCUGAACAGAGGAAGACAGCAGGAUUUUCUCAGCCCUAAUCUCGAUACAAGUUAUAGAGGCCAAUCUGAAGACAAUACAUCAACUUUUGUUUUUCAAGAGGAUGAACCUGAUACCAUACCCUUAAGACCAGACUAUUUUAGUACUAUAAGUAGUAAUAUCGGCAAAGAUGAAUCAACUGAAUCGCUCGAUUUCCAACGACCACCACCCUCUCAUCUCCAUGCUAGAUCUGACAUACAAGGAUAUCCUGACCGUCCUAUUUUUGACACUAGUCCAAUACCAUCUGAUAAUCAAGGAAAUCCGUUUUCUGGAGAUUAUGAAAUGCAACCCCAAAGGAGAUUUACUCUUUCUCGUUAUAGACCAUUCGCAUCCUCUUCUAGUGAAGUAUUUGGUGACCAAGAGUAUGGUGGACGUCCAGAUUAUGGUAUGUUCAAAGGUGAUGAAUAUGAAUUGACUAUUGUACCUCGCUCAGCUUCUGCAAUGGGUUAUGGUGAACUGGACGAAACUGUUCGAGAUGAAUCUGAUAAUGAGGAUUAUGACUACGAUGGUGCUCCUGAAAAACCUCCCAAACCACUGUUCCCUAAAGCUGCACCCUUCAAAGCUCACAACGGACACUUGGUCUUGGAUUGUCCAAUUGCAAAAGAAUUAUUGUCUAAGUUACCGGAUUAUAAACCUGAUGUCGAAGGCGGUGGGUUU